AUGGAUGAAUUUCUUGAAUAUUUAAAAACGGCGGAAGGAAUGAGAGCAGAAGCAGAAGAAAUAAGGAAAAUACAAGAGAAAAUGGACAAUUUAGACAAAGAAAUAGCCGAAUUGGCGCAGAAAGAAAAAGAGCUUAAAAAUACCCCGGAUAAGGUAGAGACGUAUAAAAAACGACUUGAAAAAUUACACGAGGAAAUAGACAAGCAGAAUGCGAUAGACCGCAGGAUUGAGAGGGCAGAUGAAAUACCAAAGCUAUCUAAAAUGAUAAAUCAUAAGGAGUUAGGCUCUAAAAUUCUUGAGUACUUUAGCACAAUGUAUAAAGAGCACAGCAUAGUGAUUCCAGUGAGUGGGAUGAAGGUAAAAGUAAACCAUCUAAGGGUUUCUCUGGACUAUAAUGCACUUUUAUCUUAUGUACAAAAAUAUCUGCCCGGCCACACAAAUGCUUAUAUACAGACCAUUAAAAAAACAGUUGUAGAUUCAAUUCUUUUGUACAGCAAUGUGAUAAGCGCAGUGUCGGAGAAUAGUAUAGAGCUUAUUACAUAUAUAACAAAUAAAAAAAAUGAAAUAGCAGAGAGUGAAGUACGAGCAAAAAUACUUGAAGGAAUAACUCUAGAAGGCGAUAAGCCAAUUGUAACCAGCAAUAGGCUCUGCGAAACUCUGUCAAAACUAGUAAUUUUCGAAGAUAUUUUGAUGGAGGUGAAAUCCCGUCUAUUAUCUGAUUUGCACAGAAUAUCCUACGAGCAAAUUGAAAGAUAUAAUGAAGAGCUGUUUUAUGGGACUGUUUACCACAUAGAAGAUAUAGAUACAUGGUACUGUGAUAACUUAGUGCAGAAAAUAGGGGAAAUAUGUAAUGAAACAAAGAUUGAAGAAAUAACAGAUGCGCAGAAGAAAGGGCUGAACAAUAGAAGAGAAAUGAAUACACAAGAAAAAAAUAUGUCUGUUCUGUAUUUACUUUCAGAAAGCCUCCAGAAACAAAAGGUGCUGAGUAUUUCACAGGGACUAUUAGGCAUUUUUCAGAUUCUAGAGAGAAUAUUAAGUACUAAAAGAGCACAAAAGGAAAGAAUCCAGAAAAUAUGUGCAGAAAAUGUGCUGAGUUACUUUGAAAAGGCAUACCUUUCCACGGCAUCUCAGAGAUUAAGAAGUGUGCACUACAGCUGGCGGACGCCCAGGCAGUUCUUGGUGUACUUUCCUUAG